AUGAAGACAGAGUUUAAAGCGUGCGGAGGCUGCGCUGAGCAGAUCACCGAUCGGUACCUCUUCGAGGUGAAUGGAAGCGCCUGGCACGGAUCCUGCCUACGGUGCAGCGUGUGUUUCUGUCCUCUGGAGCGUCAGGUCUCGUGCUAUCUCCGUGACGGUGACAUGUACUGCAAGUCCGACUACAUCAAGAAGUUCAAGACGUGCUGCGCCAAGUGCACGCGGUCCAUUUCGGCCACGGAUUGGGUUCGACGAGCCCGGGAGUAUGUGUUCCAUUUGGCGUGUUUCGCGUGUGACUCGUGCGGCCGGCAACUCUCAACGGGUGAGCAGUUUGCCAUCUGCGAGGAGCGUGUCCUGUGUAAGACGCACUACAUGGAGCUGAUCGAUGACGGGACGACUUCUAGUGAGGAUGGUUGUGAUGUGGAUGGAAGUGGGAAGAACAAAACCAAACGCAUCCGGACGACGUUCACCGAGGAGCAGAUUCAGAUCCUGCAGGCCAACUUCCAGGUCGAUAGCAACCCAGAUGGGCAGGAUCUCGAACGGAUCGCUUUGGCCACGGGACUAAGCAAGCGUGUGACGCAGGUUUGGUUCCAAAAUUCGCGCGCUCGUCAGAAAAAACACGUCCACGUGCCGCGAGCCCAGGACCUGUUCAAUGGGAUGCGAUCGGAUCUGAACAACAACAACAGCUGCGGCAGCAGCAACAGCAACGACGCCACAUCCAUGCACCACCUGGGCGGGCUUGGACCAGAGGACUGCGUGCUUGCGAAGACACCGAUCUUCAAUUCGCACGGCUUCAUCAAUCUCGUGGUGUGA